ACGGGGAAUAAAAAAACCCCACACACUCAGCAAAGCACAAAGCCAAUAUCAAAGUGAAUCAAAGUUUCUUUGCUGAAAAACCGAAUGAAAGGUCUGAAUCUGAAAAUGGGGUUUGCUCAGUUCGUGGCUUUUGAAGAAGGAGAUGUUGAUUCCAGUGCAGCUCUCAAUCGCUUUCAAUGGGGUGUUUGAAGAAGGAGAUGUUGAUUCCAGUGCAGCUCUCAAUCGCUUUCAAUGGGGUGGAACCAUCUUUGCCUUAAUUUUGCUUAUCUUGAACCGAACAGGGCACAGAUCAGGCAUGCAAAGUAACCUUCUUGUACUGUUUUUGUUUACAAGCUUCCCAACAGUGCUGUUUAAAAUUCUGAGGGGACAGUUCGGCUAUUGGAUUUCAUUUCUUGCUGUUUCUGCAAACCUCUUCUUUCCGCAAUAUUUUCCAGAAUUUAAACGACAAAGUUUGCUUCGACACUUCAGCCCAGAGUUUAGGCAAGUGGCUCGGAAAGGUUCUCAUACAGUCCUCAUAAGGUCCUCAUACCAAGUUUUGAAGUUUCAUAGCUUCCAUUUCAGAGUAGUCCUUUUCACGAGAGCCACUCAGCCUCAGAAUAUAUUCCAUGCCUAUCCGACCUUCAUUCACUCUUUCAAUUCAAGCAAAAUGAGUCCCCUUUCUCCCAUUUCAUCUAUCAUCAUUGUCGCCAAUUUUUGUUGCAUUUCUUUGAUCCUUGCUCAGCAGCCUUAUGAAGGACAAGCUUUCACAGAUUGUCGCAACCCAGACGUGUCGAAAUCCGUUUUUGGAUACACCUGCAAUGGCUUGAACAGAAGUUGCCAGACUUACCUGACCUUCAGAUCACAGCCUCCUUACAACACUGUUUCUUCCAUUGCCAACAUGUUGGCUUCUGACCCAUCUCAGCUUGCAGAGAUCAACUCGGUUUCUGAGUCCGCAACAUUUGCUACAAACAAGUUGGUGCUUGUUCCAGUCACCUGUUCAUGCUCAGGUCAGUACUAUCAGCUGAACACAUCUCAUGUUGUUGUUCCCCGUGAUACAUAUCUAGUUAUUGCAAACAAUACAUUUCAAGGCCUCUCAACAUGUCAAGCUAUGAUAAAGCAGAACAGUAAUCUCACCACAAAGAACUUGUAUACUGGGACUAGAGUCACUGUUCCUCUUAGAUGUGCUUGUCCCACAAAGAACCAAACUGAUCUUGAAAUCAAUUAUCUAAUGAGUUACUUAAUAGCACCUGGUGAUUUUGUUUCAAAAAUUAGCGAUCGAUUCGAUACAGAUACAGGGAGGACUCUUGAAGCCAAUGGGCUUUCAGAACAAGCGGCUAUCAUUUAUCCCUUCACCACACUCUUAGUUCCGUUAGAAAACCCUCCAUCUAGUUCUCAGACCACACAGCCACCUUCAUCAUCACCGCCAUCAACUCCGGCUAUCUCACCAGCUUCGCCGAAGAAUUCAAUGAGAACAUGGAUUUAUGUAGUUGCUGGGGCGAUUGGAGGAGGUGGUUUUGUUAUGGUGAUAGCCUUGCUCAUCUUCUUCACCUUCUUCCGCAGAAUAAGUAAGAAGGAGACUGAUACAGUUGUUGUAUCAGAAAGCUUUGAGGCGCUUGAGAAACCAUUACAGAAAGAAAGGGAUGAAGGAUCUGGAUCUCAGGACUUCUUAGAGCCUAUAUCUAGUGACAUAGCUCACAUGGCUUUAUCCCUCAAAGUUUACACAUUUGAGGAACUGCAAAGUGCAACAGAGAACUUCAGCUCCAGUUGUUUGAUCAAAGGAUCUGUUUUUCGCGGCAUAUUUGACGGGGACGUGGCCGCAGUCAAGAAAAUGAAUGGCAAUGUGUCCAAAGAAAUCAAUUUGCUAAACAAAAUCAACCAUUUUAAUCUGAUUCGUCUCUCCGGGGUUUGCUUCAAUGAUGGUCAUUGGUAUCUGAUAUAUGAGUAUGCUGUCAAUGGACCUUUGAGUAAUUGGAUAUACUUUAAAGACAGUGAUGGGAAGCUCUUAAGUUGGACACAAAGACUGCAGAUUUUGUUGGAUGUGGCCUCAGGGCUUGAUUAUCUGCACAGCUUCACCACUCCUCCUCAUGUCCACAAGGAUAUAAAGAGCAGCAACAUUCUUCUUGACAGUGACUUCAGAGCCAAGAUUGCAAAUUUCGGUCUAGCAAGGUCAGCUGAUGCACGAGACGGUCACUUUUCUUUGACGAAUCACAUUGUCGGAACGAUAGGGUAUAUGGCUCCAGAGUACUUAGAAAAUGGUUUGAUCUCCACAAAGCUUGAUGUCUACGCGUUUGGGGCACUGAUGUUGGAAUUGCUCACUGGAAAAGAGGUUGCCGUGCUUUAUGAACAAAAUGUGCACUUGUCGGAUACACUUCACUCUUUGCUUAACAAUGAAGAUGGUGGACAGAGUUUGAGGCAGUUCAUGGAUCCUGCUUUGCAAGAGAAUUAUCCCCAAGAGCUUGCUGUUUUUGUGAUCAGGUUGAUUGAUAGUUGCUUGAAGAAAAAUCCAGGAUCUCGCCCCGCCAUGAAUGAAAUGGUGCAGUUUCUCUCAAGAACCAUGAGCAAUUCACUGACUUGGGAAUUGUCAAGCAACACCUCCGGCAACCAAGGAUCACAGGGAGUUCUUGAUGGUACAGAAACUGGAUGAGUUCUCAUUCGACUCGGUAAAAUUGAACUUAUAGUGAGAAAUUAUCGAGUUUAGUUUUGUAUUAUACCUCUCUAGAUCUCUUUUAAGCCAUUGGAACAGUAUCUAUCACCUGCUACUAGGAAAAGUUGACAAAAAGGGCAGAGAUUGACAAUAAUUACCGAUAUUUCACGUUUCGAGUAAUGCAUCAACUACAAUGGAUUGUGAAUUUCCUUGUACUCGUAUUUGUAAAUUUUAUUCAUAUGGUUAUUUCACUUAAGUAGAAUAAAUAGUG